GUGCCGAAAGGACGACAAGGCGGAUUUCACGGAGCAGGAUAGCGUCUCCUUCAUUCUCCAGGCGAAGUGCCCUCAAGGACAAAAGAAGUUGUCCGUCUAUUCGAAAGAUCUUCGAUGGUUCCCACUCACGGAGCAGCAGGAAGAAGCUUUGAAGGCGGCUCCUCCUGCGCCGGUGGACGAUGAGAUACUUCUGGCACAAUUGGCACCAGGUCAAGAGAUUGAGUGUGUGUGCGCAUGUGAGAAGAGCAUUGGCAAGGAGCAUGCCAAAUGGUCGCCAGUGUGCACUGCUUUCUACAGGCUGCAUCCAGUGAUUCGCCUGGAGAAGGAGAUCCUGAACGAGGAUGCUGAGGAGCUCAAGAGGUGUUGUCCCAUGGGCGUCUUUGAUGUGGAGGAUGUGCCACAGGGCAAGCGUGCGGUGGUGGUGAACGAGCGAAAUUGUACCACCUGCAGAGAGUGCUUGGAAACCUUCAAUGGCCAGGAGAAAGGCGUGAUGCUGAUGAAGGCGAAGAAUCACUUCAUCUUUUCCAUCGAAAGCGUAGGGCAGAUCCCUGCUCCUGUUCUCUUUGAGCGCGCGCUGUUGAAGUUUCAGGAAAAAUGCCAAAGCGCCAGAGAGAGUGUCAGAACCAACCGCAAACGUCAGGAGACUUGAUGACCUCCGAGCCAUCGGGGUGAACGAACGUUGCCACUCCGCGGGUUUUUUGGUGACCUUUUUGCGAUAUCAUCAAAACAGAAAACGAGCAAAACUCAGUAACACAUGAAGUGCCAAGUCUCUCGUUUAGUUGUAGUUGGUUCUUGUCAUUCCUUUUGUCUUGAGGAACAAACAAUUCCCGUGCAGCUGGGAUGGCUCACUUAUGACGCUGAAGCUGCCAGAAAA